AUGUCUGUCCAAGGAGAAUAUACAAUAUUGACCGAUUCGUCACCAGUAUGGCUCAACAAGGCAGACAAUGCAUGGCAACUCACAGCAACCACCAUGGUAGCCAUGCAAAGUGUUCCGGGGCUCGUGAUACUCUAUGGUUCCAUGGUCAAGAAGAAAUGGGCGGUGAACUCCGCGUUCAUGGCCCUAUACGCCUUUGCCGCGGUGCUCUUGUGUUGGGUGCUUUGGGCUCAUAACAUGUCAUUUGGUGUUAGGCUCACCCCAUUUGUGGGAAGGCCUGGUUUUGCCAUGACCCCAAAUAUCCUGCACCAAUAUGCAGGCUAUUAUGUCCCAAAGGCUGACUAUGUGUACUUUCAAUUUGUUUUUGCUGCUAUUACUGUGAUAUUGCUAGCUGGGUCUUUGCUUGGGAGGAUGAACUUCUAUGCUUGGAUGUUGUUUGUACCAAUGUGGCUCACACUGUCUUACUCAGUUGGGGCUUUUAGUAUUUGGGCAAGUGCUGGGUUUCUUGAGAAACACAUCAUUGAUUAUGCUGGCGGAUUUGUGAUUCAUCUUUCUUCUGGUAUAGCUGGUUUUAUUGCUGCUUAUUGGGUAGGACCAAGGCAAUCACAUGAUAGGCAACACUUUCCACCAAACAACAUAAUUCACAUGUUGGGAGGUGCAGGGUUUCUAUGGCUUGGUUGGACAGGCUUCAAUGGUGGCUCUCCAUUUGCAGCAAAUCAGAUUGCGUCGUUGGCCAUUCUCAACACCCAUGUCUGCACUGCUACCAGCCUUUUGGUUUGGGUUUCCCUCGAUAUGAUUGUGUACAAGAAAAGCUCUGUGAUUGGCGCGGUUCAGGGAAUGAUCACUGGCCUUGUCUGCAUCACCCCCGGUGCAGGGAUUGUGGAGCCAUGGGCAGCCAUAUUAAUGGGAGCAUCGUCUGGUUCGAUACCUUGGUACACCAUGAUGGUAUUGCAUAAAAGAUCACCUAUCUUCCAAAGUGUAGAUGACACACUGGGAGUCUUCCACACCCACGCCGUGGCCGGUGUCUUGGGGGGACUUCUCUCGGGCUUCUUUGCAAAAUCGAACCUUCUGAGAAUGAUGUACAGAAAUGACCAUUAUGGUCCCGGAUUAUUGUACUGCAUUUUUGAGGGGAAUCCACGUAAAGGUCUUAAACAAAUGGGGUACCAGAUCCUCGGAGCUCUUUUCAUUAUCGUAUGGAAUGUUGUUGCGACGAGCUUGAUUUGUAUUUUCAUCAGCAAAAUCGUUGAUCUGAGGAUGAAGGAAGAAGAUCUUGACAUUGGUGAUGAUGCGGUGCAUGGAGAAGAAGCCUAUGCUAUUUGGGGUGAUGGUGAGAGGCCGUCAGCAUACAGGAGGCAUAUAAGGAUUCCUUCCAUCUGUAGACGGCAGAAAUGA